AUGCCGACAGCAUCAUCAGUAUUGACCGCAACUCUCUUCCUUUUCAAUGUCUUGAUUGGCUGCCAUGGUUGGACUGGAAGCGUUCUGUCGAGACGUCAAGCUUUCCUGGCAUCCGUAUCCACAGGAGGAGCAUUCUUGUCACUAGUCACUGCCGAUUCUUCACCUGCCUUGGCCAUGGACACCAGUAGUGUUGAUACGGUCCAGUCUUCCUCUCGUCUCUUGAUAUCCACCAUUCCCAGCAUGCCGUAUGGAGCCCCUGCUACGAACAGUACCAUUGUAGAUGCCACGUUGGUGGAAAAUAUUGAAACGCUCGCCUCCCACUUGGAACGGUUAGCCCAGCAACGUGACAAUGCCAUUUCACCGCUCUUGACCGGAAAUGCUUGGCGUUUGGUAUAUUCCAAUGCACCCGAAAUCGGAAGCUUGGCAGACAAUCUCCCACCGGGGUUUCACUUGGGAAAGACCUAUCAACCCAUUGACACGGCGCAAGGCACUUUUGAAAAUAGAUCUCCAAUUCUGGUGGGAAACCUGGCCAAAAUAGUGAUUAGUGUGGUGGGGGAUGUGCAAGUGGCGGGGCCUGGCACUGUCAAUGCAGUCCAGGUUGUCAAUGAUCGAAACAACCGGGUCAAUGUAUACUUUCGGGGUAUUACAUUUACGUUAGAUGAAGUAUUCGGCAUUCAAAAGACGUGGCUGUCCAAAACGCUGAUCCCCAACGCGGACAAAAGUCGAGCCCAACCCGCCAAUGACGUGACAUAUCUCGACGACAAGAUGAGAAUCAUACGGGGAGGUGAUGGAUCCCUUUUUGUGUUUGUGCUAGAAAAUGACGCCAAUGUUGCUCCUCCCACUCGAUCCAGUACGCAAACGGAAGCGAUUGCUCAGAAGGACGGGCAAACAGUGGACGUGGGGAUUGGGGUGGCUGAAAAGUCACAAUCGCCCGAGCUACAAUUCUUGUUUCAAUCUAGAUAA